AAAACACAGUUUAGUGUAGACUCCCCGAGGUUUCGGUUGUAUCGAUAGUAGUUGUAGUGCGUGUGAGCGAGUCGCAAAGCCGUCGGUGUUUUGGUCAUUACUGCUGCUGGAUUGAAAGAAAAGAUAGAUAUUAUUGUGCAUUAAUUUUUUGCUCAGCCAAUGCUUGGCUUUUGCAAAUUGCCAAUUGCAAAAAGUUUAAAGAGGUGUGUGUGUGUGUGUAUUUGCGAAAAAAUCACGUUUUGAAGCGGUCGAUUAAACUGCGAUCAAAGCGUGACACCGUUCGUGUUCAGCUGGGCUCCAUUGGCAUUGUUGUUGUUGUUUUAGAGAUGAAAUAAAAUACAUACAGCAAAAACAAUUCAGUAUUAUUUAACAAAGAAAUAUAUAAAAAAAUUCCGGGUCGAAAUUUAAACCAAAUCCGCAUUCGAAUAGAAAACAAUCAAAUUAUUCAACAAAAUAAAAAAAAAACAAAAACAUUUUAAACAUGUCUCAAAAAGCUGCCACAAGUGCAGCCUCUUCAGCGAGCCUACGGCUGAGGCCACUCAUGACAAUGUUGCUCUUAAUAAUGCUGAGCGCUUUCUGUGCCAAUGUAGCGAAUUGCAGUCCAAUUGUGGACGAGCCAUCUGAAAGUCAGCGCUUGGCGAAGGCGUUGAAAAUACCAAAUUCGGCGGAGACGCGCGAACAUAGGCGACGCUUGGCCUGCCGCCGCGCUUGCUGGGCUAAGUUCGUUCCAGAGAAUGCAGAUUGCCUGAAGGACACCACUUGUUAUAAGUGCUACAUGAAUUGUGCAUUACCACCUUCCACCGUUGCUGCAACUACAACAAAUGUUGCGCCUACAACAGUAACGCCAGUCACCGAGAGGCCGCUUCAACAUCAAUACAAAGAACAGUCACAGCCAUCGUCAAAAAUAAAUAAAUCCAUUCAGGAGACUUGGUCCUUGCAUACAGUUUCCAUGUUGCAACAGGAUUCAUUAGUGCUCGUCGAUAUUGCCUGGGAAGCGUUGAAUAUGCCCAAUCAGUGUUUGAUUAGCUGGGAGGUUUCCGGCGGCGGCUUAAUGGGCAACCUCUUGACGGAGUCAUCGAAUGUACAGCUAUCGCUAUGGCCGGACACCAAAUAUCGCGUAAAAGUCACCUGCAAAAAUAAGCUCACCGGUUUCAUGUCGCGUUCUCUGCCACUGAGCAUUGACACCUCCGAAGCAGUGAAUGCCCACGAUAAUUCUGCUCAACACAAAACACAAUCGCCCAACGUCGACGCUACUUCAACUUCCACAACAACUGUCGGCAGCAAACUCUUCAACCACGAGCAACAACUACCACACGAAGUCAACAACAAUGCACCUGAACACCCUAACAGGGACGAUGAUUCUGCUGUUGCCUCUCACUCCCAGGGUUAUGUUGCCGAAGUGGACAAUGCUGCGGUGCUUCCGUACGACGAACACGACGACGACCAAGAUCAGUCGGCGGAGACUCUGAAUCAGCACACAAAUUUCAUUUUCAAUUGGCACUCCAAGAACAGCGACAUCAGCGCCAUCGAACCACUACAGAAGCCUGACAUAAAUGUACUAACCAUUGCCACGCUCUCCGAUUUGCAGAAGCCGUUGCUCUUUGGGCUGAUCGCAGGUACUUUCAUGAUCACCUUGGUGCUGAUCGCGUACAGGUGCUCGGUGGCACAGCAGCGUUUGACCGACAAGGACAUGCUCAUAAGCGAUGGCGAUGGCUUGCAUGCAGUUGUAGUGUCCUUGCCGCCCGCUGCCGUGCUAGCUGCGCGCGCUAACAACAAAGUGGCGACACGAAAAGCCACGGAAGCCGCUCGGAACGCCUGUGGCGCUGGGGCGCAAGGUGCGACGUCACUGGCAUAUCAGCGCGGCAGCGAUGAAGAGGGUGAGGAGCAGUACGAGCGCGGCGUGGAGGAAGUGUGUAGCAAUCCGGCGAUUUGCUCGAGAAACGCGCUCAAAGUGUAAGUGAAUGUAGGCGAGUACGAGGCGAGUACGAAACGUGUGGGCGCGCCGGUCAGUCAGCAAAAAAGGGGUGCUGGGGCGUAUGAGUAACAAAAUGAAUUGAUUGAGAUUAAAACAGGAAUUAAGUUACACACACUAAACGGAAUGCGGAUAAAUGCAUUUGAGAAGGAGGGAAAAAAAUAUUACCUUUAGCAAAGUAAGCAGCAUUAAUGUAAGGCUACAACUAAUAUGUAAAUUAAGCUACAGACGGCAAUUAGGCGGCAAACUAAUCAUUUAUGAUUUAAAAAUAUUGUGGAUGUUCUCGUUUCAACAACUUUUCGAUAGACAUGCCUACAUUUAAGCAAACAUAAAUAUUUAGCUGUACAAACAAACAAACAAAUAUUUAGUAUAAAUAUGAGUGCACUUGCACCCGAAAACAUACAUAUAUUAACAUUUAGGCUACAAAUCGAUAUUCAUUCUAAAUAGUCAUUCGUUGCAAAAUUAUGCGUUUGUGUGAUGCCACGUUAAAUGUGGUGGUGCCGACGGUAGUUGAGGCGCUCUCUCGAACUCAUAUACAUACGUAGAGUUUAGUAUAAUUAUUGCAUAAAAUUACAUAAUUCAUUAUUCACAGUCAGUUGAUUGCAUUCAUUUGCGUUUGAAUUUGCUACAAUUAAGCAAUUAAGCGAGUGUUCUGUUCUACGAAUGCGUAACUAGUUUGUAUGUGUGCCAGCGUGUAAUAAUUUGAAUGUGCUUGUGCAAGUUUAAUUACUAGAAAUUUCAACUGACAGCUUCUGUGUGAGGGUGUGAAUAUGGAAAAUGUGUAUAAGAUCUGAAUAGAUUUAGCUAAGUUUUGAGUGAGUUGUGCAGUUGUAGCGUGCAGAGUCGAAAGCAUUUUGUAUAAAUAAUUUUAGGGCAUUUUAAUACUCAAAUGAUAAGUAAGUAUGAAAGCAGUUGGCAGGAGCUUCCUUCCAAUGUUAAAUUCUCAGAAAAGAGUAAAAGAAGGCAAACGAAAUUUCAACAAGGCCCAUAUAAAACAAAAAGAAACAUCUGCUCUAGAUCAAUUAUGAGUGAUGGUUGAACUUAUUUCCGGCCGAUUUUUUCUAAUCAUUCAUCUUUGCGGUGACAAGGUAGAAGUCCACAAGGUCUACCGCCGCCCCAUUUUUUUUAAUCUCCUCAAUGAAGUCGUAUACCAGAUACCUACACAUGUAUGUAGCUAAAAUUUCUGAGAUUGAAAAAAACGUAAGUUUUGCUCACCUGCAGACCCUCAUGGACUCCAAGUUAUCGCUGAGCUUAAUACUCACACAUUUCCAAAGGCACUUCUAUGGCUGAAAAUAGGAGUAAUAACACUAGAUGCGGAUCAGGGAAUAGGUUUCCUUAACCCUAAUGCGAUAAGGUUAGAUAUCUCUGUAACAAUUACUCCAGUGCAACCAGGCACCCAAAAGAAGCAAGAUUAAUAUACCUACGAACAUAAUUUCAAAGCUUGCAAUGCUCGCUUAGCCUGAAAAAUGGUAACGGAGUAGGCAAUGUCUUGAGUACAGCUGAGCUUUAAUUACCUCCUCAACAAAUUUCCACCACGUAGUCGAUGGCUUGGUAUGCCGUGGUAUAUUUCUCCAGAGAGAGCUGCGAAUACUUUCACCGUUGUUUUGGAUAUAAGCUACAGAUACUGACUUUGUGUUACUUUCGGAGACUUCAACAAAGAUCGGAGAAUGUGUAAGCCAGAGUUUAGCGAUGGCAGAAGCCCCAAGGUGUUGUAGUUAGUGGAAGUUCCAAUAUAGAACACAGCCAUAUUCCUGUAGAAAGCAGCAAACAGCCUUAAAGGACCUCAUCUUCUUUCCUUUGCACAAAAGGUCGCUUAGGGGAAAAUAUAUCCCUGAACUGAGAAUCGCUUUCAACGUGGGACUUUAGGAAAGCUUUGUGAGAGCUUAAGGUCCGUUGUUUGACCUGAAUUAUAUAAGCUUUUGAUAUGCUCAACGCCAAGAAAUACCACUUUUUCCAUUUAUCUUUGCACAAACUGCCAGCUGCUUUCAUUUCUGAAGCAUUCGACUAGCUGUUUUUUUUUUAUUUUUUACUUUAAAAGUGCAAUCGAUUAAAAACCAUAAAAAAGAAACAGAAAGUAAAAGCGAUAUUUGUAUUAAGGAUUGUGUAUCUAAGAGUAUUUAUUACGUUAGGAAUGUAGUGGUAAACUUAAUUGCUCAAUUUGUAAUUUGAUAACUGCUUUGCUUUUCAAAAUAAAUUUCGCUUCGGAUUUAAUGCUGCUUCUCUAGUGGAAAAAUAUUUUGAAAAGCAUACGGUAGUUAAACUAUUUAAAAAAAAAUAAAAAUCCCGUGACUUCCUUUCACACAAAAGCACUUUCUUCCAAGCACCAAUAUUUAUACAAUCCUCUUCCUUCCCCUCAAUAACAGUACAUCUAAAAAUUUGAAUUUUUCAAAAAAAAAAAUUUUUUUU